CUUCAUUUUUAAUAUACGAAACUCUACUACGGAGGCUUGAAUGCCAGACUUCUCACCAGACUAGAGCUACAACUUAAACUAAAUGGAAAAGAAGAAAUAGCUAAUAAACAGUCAGAUGCCAGCUUGUAGUUCAGACGCUCAUAACUUUCACACACAACAACUCCGAAAACGAAAAAUGCUGCCUAACCUUUUUGUACAUUAAGUAAUUUUUUUUCCUGAUCAGAUUCCAUUAAGAAUUUCGAGAUCACAGGCUGUUCUGUAAUUGUUAAACACAAGUGGGCUUAAGCACCUGACUUCCCACUCCCAAAAAGUGGGCAGGACAAAAAAGGUGAACAUUCACAUGAUGGCCAUAAUUUGACAGAUCAUAGACUGGACAUCGAGUAAAAUAUCCACACAAAAAUUAUGGAGAAAGCUUACAGUGAACAUGACUGGUGUGUUACUGGAAAAAGGCCGGAUGGAUCACAAAGAUAAACACGGCUAAUAUUGCCACGAACCAGAAGAUGGCCAAACUUGUGCGCACCUGUGAUCAUCUCUUACCUAGCUCCACCAACGUUGCCUCCAAAAUUCCUCGACUCGCCUUUAUCAACAACAGGUACUUUAACCAAUGUGUCAUGGACAACAUCAAGUCCAACAAUGACAAUCUGCACAGUCAAAGUCAAUUAUGUGACUGACCGGUGACGUGACAAUAUCAAGUCCGAUGAUGUCCACUUUCCAUCAAAAUAGGAGGUGUCAUACACUUAAUUCCAAAAAUCCAUUGAUGAAAUCAACCCAAAGGAAACUCUUAGUUUGAGAAAUGUGACAUUACGGGGCAAUUCUUUUUUCUUUCUUUCCUUGGGUUUCUUCUCUCACUAACAUAGGAAGUGGGAAACACCACCAUCCUUUGUUAACAAUUAAAAAGAGCUAAAGCUCCUUGGUGGGAAAUUUGGCUGAUCCGACCUCCAAAAGUAACUCUUGGAUUGGUUUAUGGCUUUAUGCAGGUAGUCAUGUUCACAGUAAGGCUUCCCCUCCUCCUUCACAUUGCUGCAGCUCGACUAAUCGUCUCACCAUUAUUCAUUUUGCUGCUGCUCCAAGCUUGUCGAGCUACUGAUGGCCAGGUGGACUGUGUAGCUUCCUCUUGUGGAAACAUACCCAUCAUUAAAUCACCAUUCCGACUCAAAUCAGAUCCUGAGAGCUGCGGACACAACAAGUAUACCCUCUCAUGUGAGAGCAAUACAACAGUGCUGUACCUGGGAUCGGCAAGAUACUAUGUACAGGCAAUUGAUUAUAACAACUUGACGAUCCGGUUGGUGGAUGAUGGUGUGAUUGGAAACAACUGCUCCUCCUUGCCCACUCACCCCCUGUCUGAGAGCAGCUUAACUUCUCACCCAUACUCCGCCACCCAUUUGAGAAAGACGCUAUUAUUCAUGAUUGGAGAAGAAUCCUUGAAUGAAGCUUUGGUUCUGGUGAGCUGCGAUAAUGCUGUCUAUUCUCCACUGUAUCUGCAAACAGCUUCUUGCAUCAACAUCGGAUCGAAGAACUCUUCAAGUUAUGCGCUUGUUGGGAAUGCUGUGGUUGCAUCAGAUUUGGCAGAGACAUGCACAGUGGUGAUGGUGGCUAUGCUACCAAAGACCAAGAAGAGGAAUUACCAGGUUACAUUUCAAGAGGUUCACCAGCAGCUUGAAUAUGGUUUUGAGCUUUCAUGGCAGGAGUAUUCCUGCCCCCACUGCCGUCGCCCAUCCCAUUGCUACCCUCUCACGUUUGGCAUAUUUCACUGUAAUAAUGGUAAAUAUCAUCACAUAUCCAACAAUCAUCUGUUGUCUUUGCUCUUCUUUUUCUUUCCCCUACACAAUUAUUAUGCUCCUUUCAUCUCAUACUAAUGUUUCGAGUGCCUUUCUUUCUUCAUGUAGGACUACAUGACUAUAUUUUCAUAUACACAUGUGAGACAUCCCUGCGUCCCUCCUGUGUCAGAGUAUUUCUAUUUAAGGCCCUUGCUUACUCUGAGUAUUACUUUCUAGUGUAAGCACUUUGUGAUGCUCCUCCUUCGCCUCUCUUUUUAUUUUGUGCAGCAUUCUAUGGGCCUUGGCUGAUUGCCCUUGGUAAUGCUUCUCUCAACUUCCUUAUUAUUUGACAGCUUCGUGUCAAUUCUUUCCCUUCCCAUCUACAUUCAUCAGCUCCAAGACUGACUAUUUAUAUGCAUACUCUACAGUGGCACUAGUUGUAGCAUUCACCCGUGUCACUGGAAUUCCUCUU